UUUUCCCGGCAGCAAAAGCACCGGGGAACUUCCCCUUUAUCAGUCUGAUGCUUGAUAUAGGACUCCAAGCAAGCUUUACAGGCGCUAUGCCAGCAUGAAGUAACUGCUGGAUUGAUCAUUGGCUCCUCAGAACAGAUCGGACAUUCACCACUCGAUUCCGCCUGUAUUUGCUUCAGUGCGUGAGUUGUGAAAUUAGCGGUAGGGUCCCGCUCCUCGCCAUCCGAAGCUUGCAUUGAACUUGCGAAUUUGUCAAUGAGUUCCUGUAGGUCCAUGUUGUCUUUCAAAAUGUUCAUUUCAUCGGCAGCAAUAGCAGCAUCUUCCUCUUCCGCAACGAUGGAUUGGUUUCUCGUCAGAAUGGGGUGGCAGCAUGUUUGCCGUAAGCGGAGGAUUUGGGCAAAUAUAGUUGUAUAAGAUUUUAACAAUGUCCCUGCGGCUACAUUGUCGUUGAAUGUCCGUUUGGCUCGAGUAAAAAUAACAUCAUAUAUUUCUCUUUCUUGUUCUGACAGCUCAAUCUCUUCCACUGUAAUGGUACGGGAUGGCAAUGGAACAAGGGCCUCUCCCUCCGGCGUUUUCAUGGUUUUUGUGCGUCGAAGAACCAAUGGUUCAAGAACAGUUUGUACAACGCUCAAUGCACGCGCAAAGUCUUUCGAUUCAAAUGGAACAGUGAUAAAGGUCUUCCAGAACGAAAAAUUGCACCAUGGUUCCACUUUGAGGAAUCGCACGAGGCUAUAAAGGUCUUCAAGUCGGUUCACGAUAGGUGUACCGGUUAGGACCCAUCUAUGUUUGGCCUUAAUCUCAUAACACGCUUUGGCUGUUUUGGAGGCCCGAUUCUUGAUAUAAUGGGCUUCAUCAAGAAUUACACGGAAAUAUUCGACAGAAAAAAGGCCAUUAUCGCCCAAGUUUGUGCGGCCAGAUAGAAUCUGGCUAUGCUCUGACCGAACAACCCCAUAGCUAGUAAUGAUUACAUUGGGAGCUGAUGGGUUUUUGGGAGAACAAAUACUUCGUAGGUUGACCGAUUUGUCUGUUCCAUAAUAAACUAAUGUCUUCAUAGUUCCCGGUUUCGACGCCUUUGACGCUUCAUUUUCCCAUUGUGACAAAAGGGAUGUGGGGGCAACAACAAGGGUAGUGUGUGGAGCGUAAGAUACUUCGGGAGAGUUGUGUGGCCACGUAAUACUGUGGCCUGAUGAUGGCAAUGUAAUGCCAUUAAAGUAUUCAGAGUUAGGUUUAUGAGAGUGUAUCAAGCUCAUCAUUUCGAUGGUCUUGCCCAGCCCCAUCUCAUCGGCAAGAAUGCCACCCAAACAAUUUUGUUCCUGUACGGGAAAGUCAAGACUUAAUCCCCCAGAAUAUGGGUUAACGUAAAAAAAGUCUUUACCACGUACGCGUGGGAGAGGCUUAUCAUCAACAUCUUUUACAGGCCAAGGGUAUUCUUCCCACAGGGGAUGCAUGGAUCUUUGCUUUGUUGAUUUUUCAUCUUUCUCCUUGGUGAUCAGCCAAUGAAGGGCCUGUUUUUGAUACUUUCGUAAUUCCAGAUUGAAACUUUCACCUGGAGUAGCUUCAGGCAUAUUGAAAUCAAAACACUGGGCUUUCUGAUACAAUGUAUCUAGCUGAUCUUGGUCAAGCUGUUCACCAUCGUCGCUUUCGGAUGCUUCGUCAGCAUCCUUCGACGGAUCCUUGCUCGAUGUUCCCGAUUUUGUACCCUGCUCAGCCAUUUCUGCAGCACGAAGAAGCCCACUUUUCUUCUGCUUUGCAGUGGUCUCAUCCCCGGAAGUUGGUGAGAGGCAAAUCUCAUCAAAGAGAGUUACCAGUGCAACUUGGCGUAAACGAAGUGCCUUUUCUUCCGCCGUUUCCUCAUGCUCAAAAAGACGAGGGGUAUCAUCCUCCAGUCCAGAAGAAAAACGCUUCUUGAAUGCUGAGUUUAGCACAUAGCAUCGAAGUUGCAAGUAUAUAGUAUCGUUUAUGCGGAUUCUCUCCGGUGCAAAAACACACACAGCGGUGAAUUUGCAUAUCUUCUGAUCGAUUAAAGUUGAUACCCAAGAUGCAGUUUCCUGUGGCAGCCUUCCAAUUUCGUCACCAUUGGAGUUCGUGAACCUAGUUAUAACAUCCGUUUUAGGAUUUGAUAUAGCUCUUUUGGUCUUUCCUGCUUUUGGCUGAGGCUGAGUUUUCGUGCGCUGAAUUUUGACUUCUUCCCCAAACUUGAGUGAGCUUGUACUUGACCUGGUUGCCCAUCCACCAACACCAAAGGCACCCAGAUAUCGAUACUCAGGGUUAUCCGAAAGCAAGGGGCCACAUUUCGUUCUCGUCUUGAGAAGCUGUCACAUAUGUGGCAUUUCUGGAGCUGAAGUUUGUUUGUAGAAGCUUCUUCAGUAGUAUU